CAGGCGAUACUUCCUGCUGGGUUUGCCGCGGGUCCUCGGCUGCUGUUUGCGCUGUGGCUGUGCUGUUUCUGCGCAGGACGGCUGCCAUGGAGCGCCCGGGGCCCAGCGAAGUGACAGGCUCAGACGCGUCGGGACCGGACCCGCAGCUGGCGGUCACCAUGGGCUUCACAGGGUUCGGGAAAAAAGCUCGCACAUUUGAUUUGGAAGCAAUGUUUGAACAAACCCGGAGAACAGCUGUGGAAAGAAGUCGGAAAACUCUGGAGGCAAGAGAAAAAGAAGAAGAAAUGAACAGAGAGAAAGAAUUAAGAAGGCAAAAUGAAGAUAUUGAACCAACAUCUUCAGGCUCAAAUGUGGUCAGAGAUUGUUCUAAAUCAUCUUCCAGGGAUACAAGCAGCAGUGAAAGUGAAGAGACUUCUGAUUCUUCUGAUGAUGAGUUAAUUGGCCCUCCUUUACCCCUUAAAAUGGUGGAAGAACCAGUUAGUCAUAUGGAGGAAGAAAUCAUCGGUCCUUUACCUCCACCUCCUUUUGAAGAAGUGGAAGAAGAUGAUGAUGAUGACGGUGAUUCAGAAGAGGAGGACAAUCCUGUCCAAAAGAUCCCCGACUCACAUGAGAUAACACUAAAGCAUGGCACUAAAACAGUUUCUGCUUUGGGUCUGGAUCCCUCAGGUGCCCGUUUGGUGACUGGAGGAUAUGACUAUGAUGUUAAGUUUUGGGAUUUUGCUGGAAUGGAUGCGUCUUUUAAGGCAUUUCGGUCCCUUCAGCCUUGUGAAUGCCAUCAGAUCAAGUCAUUACAGUAUAGUAAUACGGGAGACAUGAUUCUUGUGGUGUCUGGAAGCUCUCAGGCCAAAGUGAUUGACAGAGAUGGUUUUGAAGUAAUGGAAUGUAUAAAGGGAGACCAAUAUAUUGUGGACAUGGCCAACACCAAGGGUCACACAGCAAUGCUUCAUACUGGCUCAUGGCAUCCUAAAAUAAAGGGAGAAUUUAUGACUUGCUCAAAUGAUGCGACUGUGAGGACAUGGGAAGUAGAAAAUCCAAGGAAGCAAAGAAGCGUGUUUAAACCACGGACAAUGCAGGGUAAAAAAGUAAUUCCCACCACGUGCACAUACAGUAGAGAUGGAAACCUCAUUGCAGCUGCCUGCCAGAAUGGAAGCAUACAGAUCUGGGACCGAAAUUUGACUGUUCAUCCUAAAUUCCACUAUAAACAGGCUCAUGACCCAGGCACAGACACUUCUUGCGUUGCUUUCUCCUAUGAUGGUAAUGUCCUUGCCUCUCGUGGAGGUGAUGAUUCAUUAAAAUUGUGGGACAUCCGACAGUUUAAUAAGCCACUUUUUUCAGCCUCAGGUCUUCCUACCAUGUUCCCAAUGACCGACUGCUGUUUCAGUCCAGAUGAUAAACUCGUAGUCACUGGCACAUCUGUACAAAGGGGAUGUGGCAGUGGCAAACUUGUUUUCUUUGAGCGCAGGACUUUCCAAAGGGUGUACGAAAUAGACAUCACGGAUGCGAGUGUUGUCCGCUGCCUGUGGCACCCAAAGCUGAACCAGAUCAUGGUGGGAACUGGAAACGGAUUGGCUAAAGUCUAUUAUGACCCCAACAAGAGUCAGAGGGGAGCAAAAUUAUGCGUGGUUAAAACCCAACGGAAGGCGAAACAAGCUGAGACUCUAACCCAGGACUACAUCAUCACCCCUCAUGCCCUGCCUAUGUUCCGUGAGCCCCGCCAACGAAGUACAAGGAAACAGCUGGAGAAGGACCGACUGGAUCCCCUGAAGUCUCACAAACCCGAGCCUCCUGUAGCAGGCCCAGGUCGAGGCGGCCGGGUUGGAACCCAUGGGGGUACUCUGUCGUCAUACAUCGUGAAGAACAUUGCUUUGGACAAGACCGAUGACAGCAAUCCCCGGGAAGCCAUUUUGCGGCAUGCCAAAGCAGCUGAAGACAACCCAUAUUGGGUUUCUCCAGCAUAUUCCAAGACUCAGCCCAAAACCAUGUUUGCCCAAGUUGAAUCUGAUGAUGAGGAAACAAAGAAUGAGCCAGAAUGGAAAAAACGUAAAAUCUGAAGAAUCUCAUAUGAGAGCUGUUUGCAUGAGGGGGAGGGAUAUUGGCCAGUUUUUUUUUUUAAAUGAAAUAAAAAGUACAUUUUUAUGAA